AUGGACCAGGAACUAUUGUUUUGGGAAAGGUUUCUACAUAAUUAAAAUGAGGUAAGUUGGGAUGAAUUUAGUGCUUCUUUUACAUAAUUUGUCAAAAUAUUAGAAGAAAUAGAAUUGGACAAUGAUUAGUUACUUUUCAUUAAAUGUAAAAUAGAUCCAGAUUAUAGAAAUAUAAUAAAGAGAGCAGAUUAUGUAAUAUUCGUUGAAACAUAUUGGAAAUCUAAGAAAGAGAGAUUAAACUUAUUUCAAAACUUGUUUACUUUAUAAACAUUUUCUAUACCAAAAUAAACAUUAAAGCAUAUUAAUCUAAAGGUUAUAUAUAUAGCAGAUGGCUGUCCUACUUAAUUUAAGGAUAUUCAAAUAACAAGAACAACUUAGAAUAAAAUACCUUUGAAAUAGGAAGAACUCUUCACUCUCGGUUAUACAAAAGAAUGCGAUCUCUAAAUCAUUAAUGAUAGACAAGUGAAUCCUAUACAUUUGAAGAUAAUUUGGACUCCAUACAAUGUGUUUUUAAUUAGAGACACAUCAAGAUCAUUUCGAACUUGCUAGCGUAUACAUUAACAACUUAUACUUGAUGCCCUAAUGGUUAUUAGGCUUAACCAAAAUACUUUUUUUAAAAUCAAAUUCAUCUAACCUAUGCCUAAAAUUACUACGCAAAUCUCAACAUAUGAAGAUAAUAGGAACCCUUCCAUUAUAGAUUUAGUUAAAUCUCUUGAGUUAUUUAAAUCUGUCAAAGAUUACAGAGAGAAAUUCAGGUUACCCAAUUAUAAUGAAGAUACUCCUAUAUUGGUCGUUGAAUUUAUAGAAGGAGUCCUUAAAGGGAAGGAAUUCCUAUUAAAAUCAGAGUAGGAAUAUAUGUUAGGAUCAGGUAAAAAUUGCUCAAUAGUUAUUCCUGAUUCUAGUUUGUAAAGGGAACAUUGCAAGAUAUUAUUUAAAAAUAGCUAGUGGUUGAUUCAACCAAAUGAAUCCUAAUAUUUAGAUCCAACACAAUAUGGUACUUUUGCCUUACUUGCUAAUCAAUACCAAUAUGAUUAGUACAUGCCAAGCAAAUGCCAUGUGUUACAUGAUGGAAUGAGAAUAGUAGUGGGACCUAUUCUAUUUUAAGUUCAAUAUUUCAGUUGA